ACACUUCCGUACACUUCCGGGUCGGAGGUCAUGAUACACAUGUGAGACCCGAAGAAAAGUGGCUCUGAUUGGUACCGGACUACAACAGCUUUAACUUCAGGAUGGAAGGGAAGGUGAAGGAACAGAAGCGACAUCAGCAGAAGCACAGCGGACCCAAGGCAGAGAGGAAGAAGCUUAAGAAGCAGGGAGGCACCACAGAUGAGGAUGAGCGAAAACGCAAUCCCAAAGCAUUUGCGGUUCAGUCCGCUGUACGCAUGGCCAAGACCUUCCACAGAGCCCAGGACAUAAAGACCAAAAAACAUCACAUCCCCCUUGUAGACCGGACUCCCUUGGAACCCCCUCCGGUUGUGAUUGUUGUAGUCGGGCCCCCCAAGGUGGGAAAAACUACCCUGAUCCGCUGCCUUAUCAAAAACUUCACCCGACAGAAGCUGGGAGACAUAUGUGGACCUGUUACCAUCGUCUCUGGCAAGAGGCGCCGCCUCACUUUCAUGGAGUGUAACAAUGACAUUAAUACAAUGAUCGACCUUGCAAAAGUAGCUGACCUGGUUUUGAUGUUGAUUGAUGCCAGCUUUGGCUUUGAGAUGGAGACUUUUGAGUUUCUCAACAUCUGUCAGGUACAUGGCUUCCCUCGUAUCAUGGGUGUGCUGACUCACCUAGAUUCAUUCAAGAAUAACAAGACACUAAGGAAGACCAAGAAAAACCUGAAACAUCGCUUCUGGACUGAGGUCUACCAGGGGGCCAAGCUGUUCUACCUGUCAGGUAUGGUGUAUGGUGAAUAUCAGACUCAGGAAGUGAAGAACCUUGGUCGCUUUAUCUCUGUCAUGAAGUUUCGUCCUCUGGUUUGGCAGACCUCCCACCCAUAUGCUCUUGUUGACCGUAUGGAGGACUUGACUGACCCUGAAAGCAUAAGGACAGACCCCAAGUGUGACCGGACAGUGUCACUCUACGGCUACUUGCGAGGGACAUAUUUGAAAAAUAAAUGCCAAGUCCAUAUCCCAGGUGUAGGAGACUUUCAGGUGGCAGACGUGAACUUUCUGCCAGACCCGUGUUCACUGCCAGAUGCUCAGAAGAAGAGAGCGUUGAAUGAGAAGGAACGUCUGCUUUAUGCACCCAUGGCUGGAGUUGGGGGGGUCGUGUACGACAGGGACGCUGUGUAUAUUGACCUUCCUGCUAAUCAUGUCAAUCAACAGCAGGAGGAGGUGCGGCCCACCACAGAGCUGGUCCAGUCUCUCAUUGACACACAUGCUACCCUGGAUGCCAAGAUGGCUGCCAGUAAGGUGUCUCUGUUCAGCGGCUCUGCCACCCUAGACCCCACAGGCAUAGACGAGCAGAGCAGAGAGGAGGAGAGUCUGCAGGAGAAGCAUGUCUGGGAUCCUAACACCCAGAGAAACAGGAGGAAAGUGGUCUUCGCUGAGGAGGAGGAAGAUGAUGUUAGCAGCACCACUGAUGAUGAGUAUGGUGACAGUGAGCAGGAAGAGGAUGAAGACAAGGAUAAUCUGUCUGAAUUUCUCAAAGAGGCUAGAGCCAAAUCUGAAAAGUCCGCAAAGAAUGUAACAUACACUCCACCAGUGAAGAGACAGAAGCUGGAGAAGAGAAAGGAAGAGGGCGAAGAGAUGCUAGCGUUUGCUGACAGUGAAGACGACCUAGAGAUGAGUGAGGAGGAGGAGAGCAAGGAAGAGGGAGAGGCUGCGAGAGCGAGAGACUCUGGACACUGUUCUGAAGAGGAUGAGGAAGAGAGCGAUGAUGAAGAGUCAGAAAAUGAAUCAGUGGAAGAGGAGGAUGAUGCAGAUGAUACAGUGAAGAAACAAACAGAGAGUGAGGAGGAAGAAGAGCAGGGGGCUCUACAGUGGAAGGAUGGUCUGCAGCAGAAAGCAUCAGAAGCUUUUCUACGGCAACAAGAAGCUGCCCCCAAUCUGAGAAAACUGAUUUAUGGUUCAGUUGUAGAAGCCAGUGAUUCUGAGGACGAGGACAAGGAGCUGGGGGGCCUGUUUCGAGUCAGUCGCCCUCAUAACAGCACAAAGUUCCAAGCAAACGCACUUGACUGCUCCCGCUUCAACCCUGAUACCUUUCACGAUUGGGACUUAGAGGAGAUGCUGAACUCCAUCAGGGACUGCUUUGUAACAGGGAAGUGGGAAGAGGGCCAAGACGCUGCCACACUGCUAAAGGAGGACGAGGAACUGUAUGGUGACUUUGAGGAUUUGGAAACCGGAGAAAUCCACAAGGGCCCAACUGAGCAGCAGGAUCCAGCUGAGCAGCAGAAUGAUGAAGAUGAUGAGAAAGAGGAAGCUGAAGAGAGUCAGAUGAAGGUGGAUGAUGAUGAGGACCAGAAGAACAAGCGUCUGGAGAAGAAACGUAGGCUAAAGGAGCGAUUUGAUGCAGAGUACGAUGACGGAGAUGCCACUUACUUUGAUGACCUGAAGGAGGAGAUGCAGAAGCAGGCAGAGCUGAACAGGACAGAAUUUGAGGAUGUGGAUGAUGAGACCAGAGUGCAGUAUGAAGGGUUCCGACCAGGAAUGUACAUCAGAGUAGAAAUCUCUUCUCUGCCCUGUGAAUUUGUCACCAACUUUGAUCCCCAUUAUCCCAUUAUCCUAGGAGGUCUGGCCUCCGCUGAGGGUAAUGUAGGAUACCUGCAGAUGCGACUGAAGAAACACCGCUGGCAUGGUCGCAUCCUCAAGACACGGGACCCCCUCAUCUUAUCAUUAGGCUGGAGGCGCUUCCAGACCAUUCCCCUCUACCACAUUGAGGAUCACAACGGACGCCACCGCCUGCUCAAAUACACGCCGCAGCACAUGCACUGUGGAGCCUCCAUCUGGGGUCCUGUCACACCACAGGGCACAGGCUUCCUGGCUGUGCAGUCAUUAGCAGGAACUAAAGCUAAUUUCCGUAUUGCAGCCACAGGAGUCGUCUUGGACCUGGAUAAGUCUGUGACUGUAAUGAAGAAGCUCAAACUCAUUGGUUACCCCUACAAGAUCUUUAAGAACACCUGCUUUGUUAAGGGCAUGUUCAACACUCUACUGGAGGUCGCUAAAUUUGAAGGCGCUUCUGUCCGAACAGUAUCAGGGGUCAGAGGUCAGAUCAAGAAGGCGCUGUCUACACCACUAGGAGCUUACAGAGCCACGUUUGAGGACCGCCUCCUUAUGAGUGACAUCGUGUUCCUGCGCUCCUGGUAUCCAGUGUCUGUUCCUCAACUCUACAACCCUGUCACCUCUUUACUGCUGCCUGUUGGUCAGAAGGACAACUGGGAGGGAAUGAGGACCCUGGGGCAACUCAAACAUGACCUUGGCAUCCGCAACAACCCCAACACAGACUCUCUGUACAAGCCGUUGGUCCGAGGCCAAAGGCGCUUCAAUCCUCUCCACAUCCCUAAGGAGCUCCAGAAGGCCCUGCCCUUCAAGAGCAAACCCAAACAGCAACAACCCAAAGGGAAGAUUCCCAGAGACCUCCAGAGGCCCAGCGUGAUCAGAGAGCCCCACGAGAGGAAGGUGGCUGCCCUACUCCAUGCUUUGAGCACAGUGCACAAUCACAAGAGGAAGAAAGCCCACAUGGUGCAGCACGCCAAACACAAGGAGUUCCUGCAGCAGAAGGAGAAACAGGAGGAGGCCAAGCUGAAGAGACAGAAAGAGGCACGUAAAAAACUGUACCGUGUCAUGGGCCAGAUGGACCAGAAGAAGCAGAGGUCCAGUCUGAAAGGGUCGUCCCAGGAAAACUAACUCACUGUAUCUGGACUCAUGAGGCAAACCUCUGCAGACUGUGAUCAAAAUGCUUGGUCUGCUCUUUGGACUGUUUGCUAUCGUGUGUCAUAACUUUGGCAGAUUCAUUUUUAUUGUAUUUUUCUAGAAAUGUGAAAAUCAUCUGUAAAGAAAAAGUUAUUUGACUUUUGGUUUAAUAAAACACAAUAAUGAGCUAAGAACAUGA